AUGGAGGAUUUGGAUGAGUGGAAUAGUCGUGAUGUCAUAGAAAGAAAAGAAAUGAACACAACCCCGGUGAUUAGAGAAGAGGAGCGAUGGAUACCGCCACCACAAAAUUGGUUGAAGUGUAACAGCGAUGGAGCUUGGGACAAAACAAAAGACCAUUGUGGCAUUGGGUGGGUGCUGAGAAAUCACCGAGGAGAUGUAAUAUGGAUGGGAGGAAAAAGGCUCCCUCGAGUGCGAUUUCCUAUUGAAGUUGAGGCAAAAUCCUUUCGGUGGGCGCUUAGUAUGAUGGUGAGGUUUAACUACACUAAUCUUAUAUUUGAAAUGGAUUGCAAAGAGCUAGUUCAAGCCUUGGUUGAAAAGAAUGGUCGCCCCAGUAUUCAUGCCUAUAUUCAGGAUAUUAACCAAAUGCUAGCAAAGAUGGGAGAUCAUCAAGUAGCCUUUAGAGGAAGACAAGGAAAUGCUGUAGCUGACAGAAUUGCAAAAGAGGCCCUCUCUUUCGAGAAUAAUGCCCAUGUGUUGUUUUCUGUUAUGCCUUCUUGGAUUAAAGCUUUUGUAGAGGUUGAAAAACCAAUUGUGUAA